UAUAUAUAUAUAGAUUGAUUGUAUGUCCAUAUGACACUGGGCGCAGGAGCCUCUGUACAUGGAGGUGACUGACAGGAAAUAGUAAAGUAGGGGUGGUGGGGGUGUGGAGGGGUGGGGUGUUAAUUAGCUGUCUUUGAGUUUGGUGGAAAAUCAUCCAGGAAACGACAGCUGGGAUUUCUGAGACACGCCCUGCGGAAAGAGAAGCUCGAACAUCUUGCAGAGACGGGGGAAAAAAAAUUGAUGGUAGAAAAAGUCGCGGCGCAUUCAUGAGUUGAUGGACAGGCAAAAGUUUCGAAGAACUUAUUAAAACUUCUCAGAUUAAAGUCAGACGGAAAGCCAUGAUCGCUCACGUCAUACAACACGGCAUAUAAUGAAUGAAUUGUCCUGGUGUGGAUGCUACGUAGCCUCCUCCCGGAUGGGAAUGGAAGAAAUAGUCCAUGAGCAGGGAAUUUCUGAUUUGGUGAUUUCCUCAAUGAUUGCAGCUAUUAAGAUAAUGGUGGACUACAUCUUUCCCACAGUCCUGUUGUAGGGUCUCGGCCCGAAACGUCGACUGUACUCUCUCCCCAGACGCUGCCUGGCCCGCUGAGUUCCUCCAGCAUUCGGUGUGCGUAAAAGCCUGCGCCAUGGUUUUGAUGAAGACCACAGUCACCACAACAACCCAGCAUGAACACGGGAGGAUCUGCAGUUAGUGAAAAUCUUGACAAACACAAUUCUGGAGAGGCUUCGCAAGUCAAAAGGCAUCCACGAAGGGGGAUAAAGAGACCGAGACCCGAACAAUGAUCGCUUUGCGGCGGCGGCGGCGGCGGCGAGUCUUCCCCGAUUUCCACGGAGCGGAGCGAGCCCAGCUCACAGGGGCAGCCGCUCCAGAGCGCUAGCGGAGCCCUGCAGUAUAAGGUGAUGUCGGGAGACCAUCGCGUCUGCGCUGGAAUCUGAACGCUUGUAUUUAAAGGCAGUAACUGAAGCAAUCGACGAGCCCGUUAUUUCUCCGGUUACUGGAGAACUAGGAGGAUGAGCGAACCGAAGCGAACAACGUUCCCCGCCGUCACCCAGACUCCACUACUGAGGAAAAUCAGAAGUUUGAUCCCCCUGAACUGCUGGAAAGAAGUAAAGGAUCUUUUCCGAUUGGCCGGUCCAGUGGUCCUGUCCCAGCUAAUGGUGUUUCUCAUAGGUAUAGUCAGCUCCAUAUUCUGUGGACACCUGGGGAAGGUUCAGCUGGAUGCCGUUUGUCUUGCCAUAGCGGUGAUCAAUGUAUCAGGAAUCUCUGUUGGUGCCGGAUUAGCUUCGGCCUGUGACACCCUCAUAUCCCAGACAUUUGGCAGCAGAAACCUGAAGAGGAUCGGAGUGAUUCUCCAGCGAGGGAUCAUCAUCCUCAUGAUCUUCUGUUUCCCCUGCUGGGCUCUCUUCAUUAACACUGAACACAUCCUGCUCGCUGUCAAACAGUCUCCUGAGGUGGCCAGGUUGGCACAGACCUAUGUGUGGAUAUUUAUCCCUGGUCUUCCGGCAACCUUUCUGUAUCAGCUGGAGAUCCGAUACCUUCAGAAUCAGGGGAUCACUUUGCCGCAAGUCUUCACAGGUCUCGUGGCCAACAUCUUCAAUGCCUUGGUAAACUACCUCCUCCUCUACGUGCUGACUCUGGGAGUGCUGGGGUCAGCUGCGGCCAAUGUCGCUUCACAGUACUUCCAAGUGAUUCUCCUGUUUCUGUACAUUCGAAGAAAGAAGCUGUACGUGGGCACAUGGGCAGGUUGGUCAGCCGACUGCUUACAGGAGUGGGGGGGCUUUGUCCAACUCGCCAUCCCCAGCAUGCUAAUGCUGUGCAUUGAGUGGUGGACAUACGAGGUCGGCACCUUCCUCUCAGGACUGGUUAGUGAAGCUGAACUCGGAGCACAGUCCGUUAUUUACCAGGUGCUAACAGCAGCGUACAUGAUCCCUCUAGGGAGCAGUGUGGCUGCGAGUGUCCUUGUGGGUAACGCACUGGGAGCGAGGAAUCCAGAGAAGGCCCAGAACUCGGCCACAAUCGCCCUGUGCUUCAUAGGGUGUUGUUCUCUGCUGAUUUCUGCUAUUCUUGGAGCAGCUCGAAGUGUGCUGGGUUAUGUGUUCACCACUGACAAAGAGAUCAUUCAGCUGGUUGCCAAUGUGGACCCACUCAUUGCCACCUUCCACUGGUUUGAAGCCAUUGCAACUGUAAGUGGCGGAGUGCUGAGAGGAGCGGGAAAGCAGAAGAUUGGCGCCAUCGGCAACUUGGUGGGCUUCUAUUCCAUCGGCUUUCCCCUUGGGAUCACACUGAUGUUUGCUGCACAUCUUGGAGUCAUGGGUCUUUGGUCUGGGUUCUUCGUCUGUGUGGUGGUGCAAGCUGCUUUCUUCUUGGUUGUGAUCUACAAAAUGAACUGGAGGAAGGCCUCUGACCAGGCAAUGAUCAACGCUGGUAUGAGGCUAAAUGUGGACCCUACUUACAGCUCCAGUAACAGCCAGGCAAAUGAUAUUCCAACAGAGGCGCGGAUGGAGAAUACGUCUGUCAUUGUGCUGUCCAACCUUAAUCAAGUGGAGAGCAACGUAGACACCGAGCGGCUCAGGGAAGAAACCUCUGCACCGGAAAUCGGAGUUACCAUUGUUGGCAAAAUCCUGUCCACGAAACAACUCAUCCUUCGCCGGGGACUGGCCUUCAUCUCGGGGCCUAUAAUCCUGAUCAUCGGGGUGGUGAUACAGGUAACAGUAGCCAAAGGCACGUAAUCCCCUCGGUGGACCUACCAGAGGGAAGCGGGGAUGCCGAGGUGGAGGAGUACGGCGCAAGUUUUCCAGCUGUUCCAAACUCUACUGGAGUGGAGCUUCUCUUUUAGUACAUAUGGACUUGAAAUCCAAAGAUCUUCAAAUUCCUAGCCAAAGGAGUCUUUGCUAGCAAUUAAUCUUCUGGUAAUUGGUGAUUAGUUUAAUGUUGUCAUAUGUACUGAAAUGUAGUGAAAAACCUUUGUUUGCAUGUCACCCAGACAGAUCAUUCCAUAUAUUCAAGUAUUACAACAGGAAAAACAAUAACAGAAUGCAGAAGGUAGUGUUACAUUUACAGAGCAAUUACAGGACAGGGAGACAAGAGACAUGAUGACGUAGACGGAGAGAUCAAAAGCUGAUCAUUAUCGAUGGACCGUUCAGGCAUCUGAUAACAGUUCUUGAGCCUGGUGGUGUGUGUUUUCAAGCUUUUGUAUCUUCUGCACAAGGGAAGGUGGGAAAAGAGAGAAUGACUGGGCUGGGAGGGGUUGUUGAUUACAUUGGCUGCUUUCCCGAGGCAGCACAGGGUGCAGCCGGCCAUGGAGGGGAGGCUGUUUUUCAAUAUGGACUGCACUCUCUGUGGUUUCUUGCUGUCUUGAGCAGAGCAAUUUGCUGUCAAGCACCUAAAUUGCCUCAGCAUGGAACACUAUGGGCAAAGUGCUGGAAGGUGGGAUUGGUAGGGAUGGGUUCCCUCAGUAGGCAUGUUCAUGGUGGGCCAAAUGGCCUGUUUCUGAGCUGUGUGUCUCUAUGACUCUACCUGUAACUUGAAUAAACUGAUGUUACCCUCAUUUUCUUUAGAUUGGCUGUACCUAAUAUUGAAUGAAGGACUUGUAGAUGCCAAAGACAUCCAGACUUUGUUUAUAUUAGAUAUAUUAAGGAUCUUGAACUCUGCUGCACCCUACUUUAGUUCCGUGCACCAUUACUAUCAGAGAGAGGUAAAAUGAACACUUUUACCACAUAAUAUAUAAUGCGUUCCUUACCCACUGACCAGCAGCCAAUAUAUUGUGUUGAGGAUUAUGCAAUGCGGCAUGUUUUAUUCUGCAGCUGAGAUGGAGUUCUUUUGAGCUUGCUCUUUGAGAGGUGAGGUGAGACAGGGAUUUUGACUGGUUUGGAGGCAGUAGACAAUAAAGUUAGAUGGCUCUGAAAUGGUUGGUAGCACUUUGAAUCCUCUGGGGCAGAGGAAGCCCAUCUGAUUCCAGAUGGUGCUUUGCAGUUGGGUAGGAUGUUCCCAGUGUAGGUGCCACCUGCCAGUCACCAGAUCACAAAGGAGGUCACGUGAUUGGAAAUGGCACAGGAAUGAAAGGCAUGCCUUCCUAAUCACGGUCAAGACCUGGUAUUUGGAUUCCCAUUAUAAGACAUAAAAUUAUUUUUUUAACUGCCCUUUUAUUUUAAUUGAAUGGAGCCUUGGAAACUACAUUGCCUCUUUUUUUUUAAGAAACAGCUGCAUGGACCAACCAAUGCACAGAGUGGAAAAGUUUUACAGCCCUGAAAACUGCAGGGCACUUUAAAUGUUUUUAUUUGAAAUGUGCAUACUAUGAGUAUUUAGAAAGAAAAUUGAAAAAUCGCGUACUUUUGAUCACUUACCAAAAAUGUCAGAAUCUAGCAUUUUCACAUCAAGCAAGCACAAACUACAGCUCAUCCAGAUUAUUGAUAUAGGCGACAAACAAAAGUGGACUCAGCACUGAACCUUGGGGCACACCAUUAGUCAGUGCCUCCGGUCUGAGAGGCAACCAUCUACUACCACACUCUGUUUUCUCCCACAAAGCCAAUGUCUCAUCUAAUUUACUACCUGGACCAGCCUCCUAUGCAGGACUUGCUAAAGUCCAUGCAGAUAAUGUCCACCACCUUCCCUUCAACGUUCCUCAUCAUGUGCUCAAGAAACUCUGGUAUAGACAUGACCUGUGAGAUGACAGGGUGGUGAACUGGAUGAACAAAUUUGUAGGUGACACCAAAACUGGAGGUAUAGUGAACUGUGGGGGUGGCUAUCAAAGCUUGCAGCAGAAUCCGGACCAUCUAGGAAAAUGUUCAUGUGGUCCUCUUGGACACCACCAAGGUGGAAUCUGAGGUGCACUUCUCCCAACUACCAACACCUGGUUUAAUUGAUGAGCAGAAGUGGGCCACCUGGCCCCUCAAGCCAGACCCAGCAUUCAAUAUGAUCAUGGCUGAUCUGUCCCAAGCCCCACGUGAUCAGGGAUUCCCAAACCGGGGUCCACGGUAUUGGUCCAUAGCAUAAAAAGGUUUGGGAACCCCUGCUUUUGAAGGAGAAUGGAAAUUGGUACUAAGCAAGAUCCAUAACUAAUUUACAGUAGAGAGUUUGCAACAGAUUUGUAGUUGUUUUGAACUAAUUUAUAUGAAUGGAAUUGAAAUUCCUAGCCGUUGGUUAAUAUUAUAGAAAACAUUAUUUCUAGUGAUGCUUGCUGCUCAUUGUGAAAGCUGUUAAUGUUCUGGCUUGAGAAUGUUGUUCUUCUAAUCAGCCACCCCACUGUCAAUGUUUUUCAGUAGUGAACAGUACAAACCCUUCAAAGAAUGUUCAUUAGAGAUAUAGAAUACUAUCUCAGUGGAAUUCUACUUUGUUUUACUUAAUAAUUUAGUUGUAAUGGUGAAAUAAUAGUUUAGAAAUAUAAAUCUGUUGUUUUAUACUAUUUAGAUAAAUUAGUACAUAUAGUUUAUUCUUAUUUAGGAUUUAUCCAUGAAAGCCUUUGUAUAAUAAACCUAUGUUGUGGACAUCUUUA